AUGCGUCCUGCCUGCCACGGGUCACGCAGCCCCGUCCGAGCUGGCGCUGGCAACCGCCCGUCCUGUCCGGUCCCGUCCCUCCCAGGUUUAAAUCCCCGCCGGGCGACCCGCCCCUGCCGGCACAGCUCCCCGCGGCGCCGCUCUCCGGAGAUGAUGUGGCCUCGGCCCGUCACCCCCACCCCGGGGCACCCCCACGCCAGGGCGGAGCUGCCGCCGCGACGGCGCUCUCCCCCCGCGGGGGACAGUGAGGGCCCCCUCAGAACCUCCGGGGCAGGACCCUUGCUGGGGUCGUCGGCGGCGACAUCGCCGCUCCUGCCGCGGCAGGAACUUUCCGAGUCCGCCCCCGCCCUUCGCCGGCGCGGCGGGCCCGGCCCCCGCCCCCCCGCUCCCGACCCCAGCGGCGGCGGCGGCGCGCGCCCCCCGUCCCGCCGGCCUCACCUGCGGCCCCGCCAGACGCCGGCUGCCCCGCACCGGAGCUGCCCCGCGCACAUCUCCCCCGCCGCGCAGCGCCGCGGCUCCCCGCACACACCAGAGCCGCCCGGGACGGGCUGCGGCACGGGGGAUGCCGGGAGUUGUAGUCCCGCAGGCACGCUCUCACCCUGGGCGCCGCGCCACGGCGAACUACAACCCCCAGCGUGCCCCGCGCGAGAGGGUCUCAGUGAGGAAGGCGGCGCAUGCGCAGAGCUCCCCAAAAGAGUUUCCGUUAGUUUUGUUGCCUGUGGCGGUCGCUGCCCUGAACCGCUAACGGGACGGCGGGGCGCGGCGCGGGGCGGCGGGGCGGCGCCUUCAGCGGCGCUUUGCGCUCCAUCUUGCCGCUGGCGCCCCGCCGCCGCCCUCGCCUCUCCGGCCCCCGCCGCCUCCAGUCUUGCUAAAACUUGGGUCCGCGCCAGUUGGCGCCCGCUUGCAGUUGUGCCAGCGCCGGCCUCCCGUUUCGACAGCUCCUCCGCCCUCCCGAGCGCCUUGGCGCCCCCCGCUCCCGGGCCCCCGCAGCCCUUCUCGCCAUCUGCGCCACUUUCGGUUCACCUUUCCGGGGCGUGGGUGGCGCGGUGCAGUCCCGCGGAGAUCUCCCCAGGGCCUCGGACAAGGCCCUUCAUCGCUGCACAGGAAAUACUUGACCGUGUAUGUCACAGGAUCACGUUGGUCUUGUUCGUGGCUGCUCUGACCUGGUAG